ACACACAGUGUCCAAUCUGUAAUUCUUAUUACUUAAAGAUUUUUCCCCCUUACCCUGUCACCUUCACCUAAACUCAAUGCUAGUUAUGGCUCUUUAUUAGGGCGGACAGAGGCUUUGUCAUUCCUUAAAUCCUGUGCUUUUAGACCCUGAGGUCACACUUAUACAUGGUGACAUCAUCACAUCCCCAAUUCUUGGCUGCUAUCUAAACACCCUCCAUGCUAAGUCACCCAUAGCUCUGACAUCAUUUGAGGUUUCCUAGGAGUAUAUAAACCAAAGAAAUUACAGUCCACACAGGGAGAACGAACAUUCUGAGUUCCAGAAAAACUCCCCACCCUCAAAACCAAGGAAACUGUAUAACUACAGCACCACAAGUCUUCAGAACCUGGUAGAGACCCUCCGUCUUCAGAAUCUGGGAGAGACCCUCCAUCUUCAUCAACUGGGAGAGACACAGUCUUCAGCACCUGGAAGAGACCCUCCAAUUUCAUCACCUGGGAGAGACACAGUCUUCAGCACCUGGGAGAGAUCCUCAUUCUUCAGCACCUGGGAGAGAUCCUCCAUUUUCAGCACCUGGGAUAUCCUCCAACCUGGGAGACCCUCCAUCCGAUCCUCUGUCCUCAACACCUGGGAGACCAUCUGUCCGUCCCUCCAUCUUCAGCACCUGGGAGACCAUCUGUCCGAACCUCCAUCCUCAGCACUCAACUUUCAAGAAACCCUCCAUCCUGAGCACCUGAGAGGCUCACCAGUAACGGGAGACAUUGAGACAGACACUGACCUGUGGUGAGCUGGACUCUGAUUAAAGGUAAAAGCACAGUCUAAGUAUGCUGUCAGUGCAGAUUUUGUGUGUGUGUGUGUGUGUGUGCUUAAUGUCCAGGCACAGUUUGUCUUGUCCUGUCUCCUCUCUGUGACCCAUUUUACAUGGUGUUUUUAUUAUAAGAGGAACUUUACACUUCCGGUACUGUGUAACAGUUAAUAUUCUAGCUGCAAGAACUGAUCCUGUAAUGAUUUAUUUGAAAUUACACAAAGGGGAUGGGGGUCACAAUCUUAGCUUUAUUAUGGCUUCACAUAACUUAUCUUCUGCGAAACUGAAUGAGUUAACUCCUUCCCUGCUGGAGUUAUCUCAGAGCUGAAUGAGUUAACUCCUUCCCUGCUGGAGUUAUCUCAGAGUAAUUCACAGUUAACCCUUCACUGGUAGAAGGGCGAAAGCAUCUCUACAGCUCAGGGCUGCUUUGCACCAUUAUUAUGGUAAUUUGUUGGCUGGUGACAAUGUCCGUGAGAGAGUGACAAUCCGUGGGGCAGUUUUCCAAAAUGUACAUUUACAAUAUUAAGAAAAUGAAGUUUACAGGAGCCUUCAGUUUAACCAGUUUUCUAAAUGCUCAGAAUAGGAAAUUGCCGCCUUGUCUGUCUCUGACUAUGGGUACAUGGUGUGGCAGCCAAAACGUGGUGUCUAUCCUCACUGUAAAUCAUACUGGAAACCAGCUCCUCAUCUUCUCUUCUAAUGUAAACACAAGAUCUACUAAUUUAAGAUUCCGAGUGAGGCGUCCACACCAUAUCUAGGUAUAUAGUAUGAUAGGACGGGGCUUUCACACCAUAUCUAGUUAUAUAGUAUGAUAGGACGGGGCUUCCACAUCAUAUCUAGGUAUAAAGUAUGAUAGGACGGGGCUUCCACACCUUAUCUAGUUAUAUAGUAUUAUAGGACGGGGCUUCCACACCUUAUCUAGUUAUUUAGUAUUAUAGGACGGGGCUUCCACACCAUAUCUAGUUAUAUAGUAUGAUAGGACGGGGCUUCCACACCAUAUCUAGUUAUAUAGUAUGAUAGGACAGGGCUUCCACACCAUAUCUAGUUAUAUAGUAUGAUAGGACGGGGCUUCCACACCAUAUCUAGGUAUAAAGUAUGAUAGGACGGGGCUUCCACACCUUAUCUAGUUAUAUAGUAUUAUAGGACGGGGCUUCCACACCUUAUCUAGUUAUUUAGUAUUAUAGGACGGGGCUUCCACACCAUAUCUAGUUAUAUAGUAUGAUAGGACAGGGCUUCCACACCAUAUCUAGCUAUAUAGUAUGAUAGGACGGGGCUUCCACACCAUAUCUAGGUAUAAAGUAUGAUAGGACGGGGCUUCCACACCUUAUCUAGUUAUAUAGUAUUAUAGGACGGGGCUUCCACACCUUAUCUAGUUAUAUAGUAUUAUAGGACGGGGCUUCCACACCAUAUCUAGUUAUAUAGUAUGAUAGGACACUGCUUCCACACCAUAUCUAGGUAUAUAGUAUGAUAAGACGGGGCUUCAUAUCACGGGGCUUCCACACCUUAUCUAGUUAUAUAGUAUUAUAGGACGGGGCUUCCACACCAUAUCUAGUUAUUUAGUAUUAUAGGACGGGGCUUCCACACCAUAUCUAGUUAUAUAGUAUGAUAGGACAGGGCUUCCACACCAUAUCUAGCUAUAUAGUAUUAUAGGACGGGGCUUCCACACCAUAUCUAGGUAUAAAGUAUGAUAGGACACUGCUUCCACACCAUAUCUAGUUAUAUAGUAUGAUAGGACAGGGCUUUCACACCAUAUCUAGUUAUAUAGUAUUAUAGGACGGGGCUUCCACACCUUAUCUAGUUAUAUAGUAUGAUAGGACGGGGCUUCAACAUCAUAUCUAGCUAUAUAGUAUGAUAGGACGGGGCUUUCACACCAUAUCUAGGUAUAAAGUAUGAUAGGACGGGGCUUCCACACCUUAUCUAGUUAUAUAGUAUGAUAGGACGGGGCUUCCACACCUUACCUAGUUAUAUAGUAUGAUAGGAUGGGGUUCCCACACCAUAUCUAGUUAUAUAGCAUGAUAGAACUGGGAUUCCACACCAUAUCUAGUUAUAUAGUAUUAUAGGACGGGGCUUCCACACCAUAUCUAGGUAUAAAGUAUGAUAGGACACUGCUUCCACACCAUAUCUAGUUAUUUAGAAUGAUAGGACACUGCUUCCACACCAUAUCUAACUAUAUAGUAUGACUGGACGGGGCUUUCACACCAUAUCUAGCUAUAUAGUAUGAUAGGACGGGGCUUUCACACCAUAUCUAGUUAUAUAGUAUUAUAGGACAGGGCUUCCACACCAUAUCUAGCUAUAUAGUAUGAUAGGACGGGGCUUCAACAUCAUAUCUAGCUAUAUAGUAUGAUAGGACGGGGCUUUCACACCAUAUCUAGGUAUAAAGUAUGAUAGGACGGGGCUUCCACACCUUAUCUAGUUAUAUAGUAUGAUAGGACGGGGCUUCCACACCAUAUCUAGUUAUAUAGUAUGAUAGGACAGGGCUUUCACACCAUAUCUAGUUAUAUAGUAUUAUAGGACGGGGCUUCCACACCUUAUCUAGUUAUAUAGUAUGAUAGGACGGGGCUUCAACAUCAUAUCUAGCUAUAUAGUAUGAUAGGACGGGGCUUUCACACCAUAUCUAGGUAUAAAGUAUGAUAGGACGGGGCUUCCACACCUUAUCUAGUUAUAUAGUAUGAUAGGACGGGGCUUCCACACCUUACCUAGUUAUAUAGUAUGAUAGGAUGGGGUUCCCACACCAUAUCUAGUUAUAUAGCAUGAUAGAACUGGGAUUCCACACCAUAUCUAGUUAUAUAGUAUUAUAGGACGGGGCUUCCACACCAUAUCUAGUUUUAUAGGAUAGAACGGGGCUUCCACACAAUAUCUAGCUAUAUAGUAUGAUAGGACGGGGCUUCCACACAAUAUCUAGUUAUUUAGUAUUAUAGGACGGGGCUUCCACACCAUAUCUAACUAUAUAGUAUAAUACGACGGGGCUUCCACACCAUAUCUAGUUAUAUAGUAUGAUACGACGGUGCUUCCACACCAUAUGUAGUUAUAUAGUAUUAUAGGACGGGGCUUCCACACCAUAUCUAGUUAUUAAGUAUUAUAGGACGGGGCUUCCACACCAUAUCUAACUAUAUAGUAUAUAGGACGGGGCUUCCACACCAUAUCUAACUAUAUAGUAUGAUACGACGGGGCUUCCACACAUAUCUAGUUAUAUAGUAUGAUACGACGGUGCUUCCACACCAUAUCUAGUUAUAUAGUAUGAUAGGACGGGGCUUCCACACCAUAUCUAGUUAUCUAGUGUGAUAGGACGGGACUUCCACACCAUAUCUAGUUAUUUAGUAUUAUAGGACGGGGCUUCCACACCAUAUCUAGUUAUUAAGUAUUAUAGGACGGGGCUUCCACACCAUAUCUAACUAUAUAGUAUGAUAGGACGGGGCUUCCACACCAUAUCUAGUUAUAUAGUAUGAUAGGACGGGGCUUCCACACCAUAUCUAGUUAUAUAGUAUGAUAGGACGGGGCUUGCACACCAUAUCUAGUUAUUUAGUAUUAUAGGACGGGGCUUCCACACCAUAUCUAACUAUAUAGUAUGAUAGGACACUGGUAUGACAGGACGGGGCUUUCACACCAUAUCUAGCUAUAUAGUAUGAUAGGACGGGGCUUGCACACCAUAUCUAGUUAUUUAGUAUUAUAGGACGGGGCUUCCACACCAUAUCUAACUAUAUAGUAUGAUAGGACACUGCUUCCACACCAUAUCUAGGUAUAUAGUAUGAUAAGACGGGGCUUCCACACCAUAACUAGUUAUUUAGUAUUAUAGGACGGGGCUUCCACACCAUAUCUAACUAUAUAGUAUGAUAGGACACUGCUUCCACACCAUAUCUAGGUAUAUAGUAUGAUAAGACGGGGCUUCCACACCAUAACUAGUUAUUUAGUAUUAUAGGACGGGGCUUCCACACCAUAUCUAACUAUAUAGUAUGAUAGGACACUGCUUCCACACCAUAUCUAGGUAUAUAGUAUGAUAAGACGGGGCUUCCACACCAUAACUAGUUAUUUAGUAUUAUAGGACGGGGCUUCCACACCAUAUCUAACUAUAUAGUAUGAUAGGACACUGCUUCCACACCAUAUCUAGGUAUAUAGUAUGAUAGGACGGGGCUUCCACACCAUAACUAGUUAUUUAGUAUUAUAGGAUGGGGCUUCCACACCAUAUCUAACUAUAAAGUAUGAUAGGACACUGCUUCCAUACCAUAUCUAACUAUAUAGUAUCACUUUCACACCAUAUCUAGGUAUAACGUAUGAUAGGACGGGGCUUCCACACCUUAUCUAGUUAUAUAGUAUGAAAGGAUGGGGUUCCCACACCAUAUCUAGUUAUAUAGCAUGAUAGAACUGGGAUUUCACACCAUAUCUAGUUAUAUAGUAUUAUAGGACGGGGCUUCCACACCAUAUCUAGUUUUAUAGGAUAGAACGGGGCUUCCACACAAUAUCUAGCUAUAUAGUAUGAUAGGACGGGGCUUCCACACAAUAUCUAGUUAUUUAGUAUUAUAGGAUGGGGCUUCCACACCAUAUCUAACUAUAAAGUAUGAUAGGACACUGCUUCCAUACCAUAUCUAACUAUAUCACUUUCACACCAUAUCUAGGUAUAAAGUAUGAUAGGACGGGGCUUCCACACCUUAUCUAGUUAUAUAGUAUGAUAGGAUGGGGUUCCCACACCAUAUCUAGUUAUAUAGCAUGAUAGAACUGGGAUUCCACACCAUAUCUAGUUAUAUAGUAUUAUAGGACGGGGCUUCCACACCAUAUCUAGUUUUAUAGGAUAGAACGGGGCUUCCACACAAUAUCUAGCUAUAUAGUAUGAUAGGACGGGGCUUCCACACAAUAUCUAGUUAUUUAGUAUUAUAGGACGGAGCUUCCACACCAUAUCUAACUAUAUAGUAUAUAGGACGGGGCUUCCACACCAUAUCUAACUAUAUAGUAUAAUAGGACGGGGCUUCCACACCAUAUCUAGUUAUAUAGUAUGAUACGACGGUGCUUCCACACCAUAUCUAGUUAUAUAGUAUUAUAGGACGGGGCUUCCACACCAUAUCUAGUUAUUACGUAUUAUAGGACGGGGCUUCCACACCAUAUCUAACUAUAUAGUAUAUAGGACGGGGCUUCCACACCAUAUCUAGUUAUUUAGAAUGAUAGGACACUGCUUCCACACCAUAUCUAACUAUAUAGUAUGACUGGACGGGGCUUUCACACCAUAUCUAGCUAUAUAGUAUGAUAUGGGCUUGCACACCAUAUCGAGUUAUUUAGUAUUAUAGGACGGGGCUUCCACACCAUAUCUAGUUAUAUAGUAUGAUAGGACACUGCUUCCACACCAUAUCUAGGUAUAUAGUAUGAUAAGACGGGGCUUCCACACCAUAUCUAGCUAUAAAGUAUUAUAGGACGGGGCUUCCACACCAUAACUAGUUAUUUAGUAUUAUAGGAUGGGGCUUCCACACCAUAUCUAACUAUAAAGUAUGAUAGGACACUGCUUCCACACCAUAUCUAGGUAUAUAGUAUGAUAGGACGGGGCUUUCACACCAUAUCUACUUAUAUAGUAUGAUAGGACAGGGCUUCCACAGCAUAUCUAGUUAUAUAGUAUCAUAGGAUGGGGCUUCCACACCAUAUCUAGUUAUAUAGUAUGAUAGGACAGGGCUUCCACACCAUAUCUAGUUAUAUAGUAUGAUAGGACGGGGCUUCCACACCAUAUCUAGCUAUAUAGUAUGAUAGGACGGGGCUUCCACACCAUAUCUAGGUACGGGGCUUCCACACCAUAUCUAGUUAUAUAGUAUUAUAGGACGGGGCUUCCACACCUUAUCUAGUUAUUUAGUAUUAUAGGACGGGGCUUCCACACCAUAUCUAGUUAUAUAGUAUGAUAGGACAGGGCUUCCACACCAUAUCUAGUUAUAUAGUAUGAUAGGACGGGGCUUCCACACCAUAUCUAGCUAUAUAGUAUCAUCGGACGGGGCUUCCACACCAUAUCUAGUUAUAUAGUAUUAUAGGAUGGGGCUUUCACACCAUAUCUAGUUAUUUCUAUGAGAGGACGGGGCUUCCACACCAUAUCUAACUAUAUAGUAUGAUAGGAAGGGGCUUCAACAUCAUAUCUAGUUAUUUAGUAUGAUAGGACGGGGCUUCCACACCAUAUCUAGUUAUAUAGUAAGUUAGAACGGGGCUUCCACACCAUAACUAGUUAUUUAGUUUUAUAGGAUGGGGCUUCCACACCAUAUCUAGUUAUAAAGUUUGAUAGGACACUGCUUCCAUACCAUAUCUAACUAUAUAGUAUGAUAGGACGGGGCUUGCACACCAUAUCUAGUUAUUUAGUAUUAUAGGACGGGACUUCCACACCAUAUCUAACUAUAUAGUAUGAUAGGACACUGCUUCCACACCAUAUCUAGUUAUAUAGUAUGAUAGGACGGGGCUUCCACACUAUAUCUAGUUAUAUAGUAUGAUAGGACAGAGCUUCCACACCAUAUCUAGUUAUAUAAUAUGAUAGGACGGGGCUUCCACACCAUAUCUAGUUAUGUAGUGUGAUAGGACACUGCUUCCACACCAUAUCUAGCUAUAUAGUAUGCUUGUACAACAUAUCUAGUUAUAUAGUGUGAUAGGACACUGCUUCCACACCAUAUCUAGUUAUAUAGUGUGAUAGGACACUGCUUCCACACCUUAUAUAGUUAUAUAGUAUGAUAGGACAGGGCUUCCACACCAUACCUAGUUAUAUAGUAUAAUAGGACAGGGCUUCCACACCAUAUCCAAUUAUAUAGUAUGAUAGGACAGAGCUUCAACACUGUAUCUAGUUAUAUAAUAUGAUAGGACAGAGCUUCCAAACCAUAUAUAGUUAUAUAGUAUGAUAGGACGGGGCUUCCACACCAUACCUAGUUAUAUUGUAUUGUAUGACUGGUGGCUUCCACACCAAGCCUAUAUAUUAUGGAUUGGAAAAUUCCAAACCGUCUCUAGUCCAAUGAGUUUCUAGAGUAAGGGGCUUUCACACCAUAUCUAAAUAUAAAGGAUACCUUUUUCACUCCAUUUUUUGAUGGAAUCCCCAGACUGCAAUGGAAGUGAAGGGGCAGUCCGAUCGUAUGCCAAGGUGCUAACUUUUGAGUUUAAACGCUUUGUAAGCUCUCAGGACCUUCUCACAGGACCAGCUCUCAGGACCUUCUCGCACCAGAACAGUUUAGUCAGCAGAUAUAGGUAGAGCAAGUCAGGUUUGGUAAGUUAGCAGAUACUUGAAGGGUUAGUUAGUGAGGUCAGGUUAGUGAUUGUAAUCAGGAAGAGUUGAAUAGUUAGUGGAUACAGGAACGGUUAGUUAAGGAGCUGAGGUUAGUGGAUACAGGGAGGGUUAGUUAAGGAGGUGAGGUUAGUUAGAGAGGUUAGGUUAGUGGAUACAGUGAUGGUUAGUUAAGGAGGUGAGGUUAGUUAGAGAGGUUAGGUUAGUUAGUGGAUACAGGGAUGGUUAGUUAAGGAGGUGAGAUUAGUUAGAGAGGUUAGGUUAGUGGAUACAGGGAGAGUUAGUUAAGGAGGUGAGAUUAGUUAGAGAGGUUAGGUUAAUGGAUACAGGGAUGGUUAGUUAAGGAGGUGAGGUUAGUUAGAGAGGUUAGGUUAGUUAGUGGAUACAGGGGGUGUUAGUCAGGCUAGUUAGUGGAUACAUAAGGGGUUAGUUGUGGAUGAAGCGAGGGUUAGGUAGGAAGUUCUCCCUGCGCAGAUUGGGCAAUGUUUGAGUCAGUUAGAAGAGGGGUUGUAGAGGAAAUAUUCAAAGAGCAAAGAUGUUUUUGUGUUGAUUUUUAUAGUUUUUUUUAUAUAUAUGUAUAAAAUACAAUUUUAUUGUUUUUUUCAGCAAAUGAAGAUUUUUAAAGAGAUUUUACUAAUUACUCAUGGUCUGAUUUAUCACUUAAUGCAGCAGAUUGCCCUUGUGGUACAGUGGGUUACCCUGUCUUGCUGUAUCGAGCCCCAGAGAGGGACUGCAAGCUAAUAGCACAGCUAGGGGCAUACAACGCUGCCCGCUACCUAAUGACAAAGCUUGUGUCAAGGCUACAUGGUGCUCUGGAGGCUCCCAUGCGUAGAUCAUGAUAAAAAAUCCCCUUUCCAUCACCCUAAUAUUCCAACUCACACAGUGCACUUACCAUAUUAAACAGUCUUUUAGUGCAUGCACCUUAAUAAAAUAUAUGUGUGCCACAAUGCAAUGACCCUCCUGGAAGACCAAUCCCGUAUCCGUCAGUUCUCUCUCCCCUCACCUUUUGAGUUUCCCUCUGCUAUUUCUUUAUCUUGUAGUGCAGUGAUAAAUAGCCAAGCUUACAAUGACAUAUCUGCAAGAUUAUAGAAUAUACGACAAAGUGUAAGUAUAUUACAUGAAGUGUAAUAUGUUGCACUUUUUAUAAAAUGAAAAAGUAAGGAAAACAAGAUGAAUACUAUGGCUGCUGAUGCUAGUCGGUAAAACAUUAAAUUCUAGUCUGAGCAAUGCUCUGGGGUCGAUGUGAACAUAUAGAGAAACAUUUACUGCCUAUGAAUGAAAGUUCUCUUCACAAUCAGUGCACACUGACACAUGAUAUAACAGAUCAUACUGCUGGAAUCAGGAAAAAUAAGAUUGGAAAAGAAAACCACUCGGUUCUCACGAAUAGAGAGAGCCAUCAAACAGGUCACAAAAGUAAGCCAGGGUAAGAUAUGGAGGCCUUGUAGCCUCCUCUAAAAUGGUGGGUCAGCCAACACCAAUCCUACGGGGUACGCCAUAGAGGUGAGGGACAAGUCCCAAAGUCCCUAGCAAAUCCCUUCACAAGCCCCAGAUCGCCCUUCCAUCAAUGCCACUAGACAGCUUCAGCCAUAUCCUGCGAUCGUGGAACUUACUCCAUGUGUAUUCCCAGGUUGUGAUCGAUGUGAGGGGUGUCAACCCCAUGGGGAUCAUGGUCCAGGUGACUGGCGAUACAGCCAGAAGUCCCAUAGCCUGCCUGUGUCUCUCUCUCAACAGCUCUUUAAGCCUGGUACGACCUGGACUUUUGUGUCUCAUUUAAUCAUUUAAUCCCCCAGUCUCUCUAUACUCCCUUGUGUCUCUUUCCCCAUAUUCUCUAACCUUAUGUUAAAGGGACAUGCAUCACUUUAGGACAACUCUCAUUCAAGAGUUUAAUGGACACUAUAGUCACCAAAACAAUUUAGCUUAAUGAAGCAGUUUUGCUGUAUAGAUCAUACCUAUGCAGUCUCACUGCUCACUUCUCUGCCAUUUAGAAGUUAAAUCAUUUAGUUUAUGCAGCCCUAGUCACACAUCCCAUAUGACUUACACAGCCUUCGUAAACACUUCCUGUAAAGAGUCAUCUAAUGUUUAUACUUCCUUUCUUACAAAUUCUGAUUUAUAAUUUCUUAUCCCCUGGUAUGUUAAUAGCUUGCUAGACCCUGCAUGAGCCUCCUGUAUGUAUUUAAAGUUCAAUUUAUAGAGCAGGAGAUUUUUUUCAUGCAGUUUGUGUCAGUUACAACCAGGGGAUGUGUGGCUAGGGCUGCAUAAACAAAAACAAAAGUGAUUUAACUUCUAAAUGAGUUGUGAGACUUCAGAGGCAUGAUCUAUACACCAAAACGACUUAAUUAAGCUAAAUUUGUUUUGGUGAAUAUAGUGUCCCUUUAAGCGUGUGUGGACUAAAGAAGCUCCCCUAGCUGAGAGGCGUGUCCAACAAUGCAAUCUGAGAAAGUCUAUAGUAAGUUUAUAAACGUUUAUUACAUAAUUUUCAAAAUUAGAUUUUUUUUUUACAAGUGUUUACUGGCUGUACCUCUCUCUCCCGGUCCCCUACGCUUCUUUGUGUCUCUCCCCCAUCUCCUAAGUGUGCAUGUGUAUGCCACUGAUACACACAGAAGGAAAAUACACAGUAUACCAUCAGCACAUGCCUGCCAGCCAUGCCCCUCUUAUCUUCUAUCAGGGUAGACAUUUACCUUCCUGAACUGCAUGUCUUCCUCAUUUAGUCUACUUACCCACCUAUACUGCAUGAGAAAGCAAUGGAGAAAGAGAGAGAGAGAGACAAACAGAGAGAGAAGGUGAGAGCAGAAAUGGUGGGUGAGAGGGUUACUGGUUGGUACAGGAUAAAAUGCUAUAUGUAAAUUAUAUUCCUGAUUCUAGCUUUGUCUAUACACACAGUUGUCUGUUGUGUUACUUAAUAUGUUUCCAGUAUUCUCAGAGCCUUACUAUAUGUUCUUCAAUCCAGGUCUCUCUGAAUUUGGACAUCAUGAAGACAGCACCUCUCCUACUGCUAACCUGCUACUUGAUCUUCACGGCCAAAGGUGGUGCUCGACCUCUAGACAUGGGUAUCUUUGGAGGUGCUCAGCUCAGUCUGAAUAGGGACCUGACUGAUGAGAGUGUCCAGGCUUUGUUGUACUUUUUGAGGGAGAAGUUCCAACAAGAGUUGGAUGAAGACCCCCGUGUUCAGCUGAGAUUGAGCAAAAGUUCCCUCUCCUCAAAUCAACAGAUAUCGACCCAGGAACUGGGACAAAUCUUCAGCAUUAUACAGACUCUCUUCCGAGAGUCCAUCAACCAGUCCCCGAAGAACCUCCUGGAGGUAUUCUCUGAUCGCCUUAAGAGAGAAGAUCCUCCAAUCUCAAUUGACCUGACAUACCACAUCCUUAGGCAAAUGAUAGAGAUUGCCAAAGUGCAGAACCAAAAGCAACAGGCUGAACAGAACCGUAUAAUCUUUGAUUCAGUGGGGAAGUGACAGUUAAAAGGACAGAGGACAUUGUUGCUUGAGCCAAAACAAUCUUUCUUGCUGUUCAACCAAUGGCUUGAUGAUCCAUUGCCCUACACAGCGUGUGACAAUGUAGAGUGUGUUCUGACACCUUAUAGACUCAUCGUGACAUCAAGGAGGGUCUAAGAGGAUGUUGGUGUCUCUUUGUAUGUGUCCCAAAUUACACUCUCCAUUCAGGGAUGUCUCCUGCUUUUAUUUGUCCCAUCCUGAGUUUUCUUUCUUAUUAAAUCCAGGCAAAGGGCAGGUAUUCUGGGGCUCGUACCCAGCAGUGCACAUAGUAUGUUUUUUUGAAUAAGAAGUGUGAACAUGGCAAGAUGAGAUUUUGGAUCUCAAAGUAAUAAGCCCUUUAUCAGUCAAGCAGACUGUCAGCUUCUGGCACAUCAUGCAGACUGUCAGCAUCUAGCACCACAAGCAGAACGUGUGAGGUGGGGCACUCCCUGUCUGAGACUGGCCCUUUCAUCCCCUUCCCUCCUAUGUCACUGGCCUUUCCUCCCAAUCUCUAGUCUGGAUUCAAUCUGUAGAGAUCACCUAAAUCCCACAGGUGUUUUAGAUAUUGGCAUUGUGUGCCGCAACCUCUAUGUUUUUGGAAUGUAAAUGAACAAGGAUUAAGAGCAGAGAAGAAGUGUAUUUAUGUCCACUAUAACUAUCUUCUUGACCAUCCAUAGGCCAUCAUAAUAUAGAACUCUGCAAUGGACGAGUGACAUCAUAAUAUAGCACUCUGCGAUGACCGAGUGACAUUAUAAUAUAGCACUCUGUGAUGACUGAGAAACAUAAUAAUAUAGCACUCUGCCAUUGCCGAGUGACAUCAUAAUACAGCACCCUGUUAUGGUCGAGUGACAUCAUAAUAUAGCACCAUGUGAUGGCCAAGUGACAUCAAAAUAUAGAACUCUGUGAUGGCCAAAUGACAUCAUAAUACAGUACCUUCCGACAGACAAGUGACAUCAUAAUACAGCACCUUCCGAUGGCCGAGUGACAUCAUUAUACAGCACUCUGGGAUGGCCACAUGACAACAUAAUAUAGCACUCUGCCAUGGCCAAGUGACAUCAUCACAAGCCACUGUGCCCCAGGGUUUAUGUAGUAUGGCG